GGUCAGUGGCGGUUGUUGCAGCGGGACGAGUUGAUUUGUUAAACAACAGGCGCCUGACAACCGUAAACAUCACUAAACUGGCUUUAAAGUUGUUUAAAAAACUCUUUCUGCUUUGUAAAUCGGAAAUAACCGGAUGUGAAAGCUUUAGGGAGGAUAAAUGGACGGCAGCAAGGAAUAAAACAUGUUUUUGAAUCCUGUUGUGGCGAGCUAGAGGGCUAAUUGUGUAGAGAAGCAGUUAGGAGGUGAUGUGUGAGUUCAUGCAUUAGGAUCAGGGAUUGAUGAUGGCUUCCAAAGUCUGGCAGCAUCCUUAUGUAAACAUAUUUAAGCAUGUGAAGUUGGAUGAAUGGAGGAAGGCCGGCAAGGAAGGAGACGUCACAACCUAUAUGGACAAGACGCUGAAGUGCACUGUGUUUCGCAUCCGCGGUUCAGUUCCGGCCAGCAACUACAUCCUGAUUCCCAAAACCAGCAGCCAGUCGCUGGGCCUCACGGGCCGCUACCUGUACCUGCUCUUCAGACCCUGUCCCAAUAAACACUUUGUAGUACAUUUGGACGUGGCUGCUGAGGAGGGUCAUGUGAUUCGUGUGUCGUUCUCCAACCUGUUCAAGGAGUUUAAAUCCACAGCAACAUGGCUGCAGUUCCCCUUCCUGUGUGCAGCUGCACCUGGUUCUGUUUACGAAAGCACAGCCAAGACCACCAAACACGGUCUGGUGGGUCCGGCCCCAGUGGGUGUGCGCUGGACGUGCCUGAUGAUGGACCUGCGUCACGUGCUUUCCGUCUACCUGAACAGAACGCACAGCCAUUUGAAGAGCGUCAAACUGUGUGCCAACAUGGCCAUUAAAAACAUUGUCACCAGCGACCUGCUGCUGGACCCUGGUCUGUCGUUUUCUGAGUUCCGGCAGGCGGGAGUGAUGCUGCCCGAGGGCACGGCUCCAAUGCCCAGAGACAUGUGCUUUCCGGUGCCAAAAGGCAGCAGCUGGCACCAGCUCUAUGAUUCCAUCAGAUUUCCUUCUGACGGUACAAAGAUGCCAUUUGACUCCAUACAGAAAGGACCGAGCACUCAAGCCUCAACUCCACAAGAACCUCUGGAUGACAGAAGUCCUUCUCGGGAGGAGAGCCGCAACGGGGCCGUCAGCAAUCCCGUGCAGGACCGUGUCUCCCUCAUCCAAAAGAUCACCACACCCAAACCUCAUGCUAAACAACGCUCACUGCUGCACACAUCCAGCCUGCCCGAGCUUGCCACAGCGCUGUCUGGAGACGAACGAAGCGCCAGAUCUACAGGCCAAAGGUCACAGAGCGAGGAGGAGGAGGAGAAGGGCAGGCUGGCGUGUGAUGACCGAGACAGCGUACAUGUGUACGCUCACUACGAGGAUGAUGACUUCAGCGCCUCUUCAACAGACAGCGAUGAAGUGGCAGCGGUCAACGCAGCUGUUCCUCGUCCGCUUCCUCUGCCUACAAGUAAACCAGCAAAGCAGCCAAGUAAGCUGCACCCUGACCCCAUACUGAAGCUGAGCAGAAUCGUUGGCUUUGGUGGAGCAACAGUGAGAUGUGCUGUGUGGGCUCGUGACGGAGAAGAGGUGGUGUAUCCAUGUCACGCCAUCAUCAUCAGUAUGAAAGUCUCAUCUGGUCAACAGCGCUUUUUCAUCGGCCACACUGAUAAAGUGUCAGCUUUGGCUCUGAACUCCAGCGCGUCUCUGUUGGCGUCGGCUCAGACAGGAACGCACUGCCUGGUCCGGCUCUGGAGCUACAGCAAAGGAGAGGCACUAACCAUUAUUCAAACACACACACACUCGCUACACUCGCUGAGUUUGUCCAGUCGCGGUGGGGUUCUGUGUGGAGUGGGCAAAGACAGACAUAACAAAACUACAGUUGUGGUGUGGAACACACAGCGCGUUCUCAAAGGGGGUGGAGUCUCAGUUCUGGCUAAAGCUCACACAGACGUCGACAUCCAGACCAUGGAGAUGACGUUUUUCGAUGACACACGCAUGGUAUCCUGCGGCGUGGGGAACGUGCGCUUAUGGCGUGUGCGCGGACGCUCUUUGCGCUCGUGCCCCGUGAACCUGGGGCAGUAUCACAGCCUGGAGUUUACCGAUGUCGCCUUCGAGCAGGGACACGCUCCGGGACGGCAGCCAGACGAGCGCACCCUCUUCGUGAGCAGUAGAAGUGGCCACAUCCUGGAGAUUGACUAUGUCUCAGUGACGAUUCAGAACAUCAGGAGGCUCCUCCCAUCGCAGCAAAGCCACGCCCACUGCAGAGAGAAGCAGACCUUGAAUACAGGUGACCGAGUCAAGGAGUUUCAAUGUGUUAUGUCCAUGGAAGGUCCUGACAAGGAGAGUGAGGUGUGUGUGUGUGUGUGUGUGUGUGUAGGGCCAGGUAUUGCAGUGAACAGCAUCAGUGUGUGCAGCGCGUUCUGUGCGACAGGCUCGGAGGACGGCUUCCUGCGUCUCUGGCCUCUCGACUUCUCCUCCGUCUUUCUGGAGGCGGAACAUGAAGGACCAGUUAGUCUGGUGUGCGUGUCUUCUGACGGUCUGAGCGUCCUGGCAGCCACCAAAACGGGAAACCUCGGCUAUCUGGACGUCAGUAGUCGCGGUUACCGCACGCUAAUGAGGUCACACACGGACACGGUGUUGGGCUUCAGCGUGGACGGAACCCGGAGCCAGAUCACCACGGCGUCCCGUGACGGCACCGUCCGUAUCUGGGACAUGGACUCCACUCAGCAGCUGUAUGACUUUGUAUCUGACGAUCAUAACGACACCCCGUCCUCAGUCGCGUUCCAUCCCAGGAUGCCCGUCUUCGCAUGCGGUUCCAGCUCUGGGACCGUCAGAGUGUUUGACAUUCCCACGUCCAGCUUACUAGCACAACACAGACAGCACCAGGGUGCCGUCGUGGGACUGGCGUUUUCUCCAGAUGGCGAACACCUGUACAGCGCUGACUCUCUGGGAUACCUCGCUCUCUAUAACGCUUCCCAACCGGAAUAUAAUGUCCGCCGCGUGCUAGGUAACACGGUUGCGCGAGGCACAAAUCGAGGCCCGGACGCUUUGGCUGUGAGUUCGGAUAGUAAACGCUUGGCGUUUGUUGGUCCCACAGAAUACAUCGUAACCAUCAUGGAUGCACAUUCGCUUGAUGAGUUACUCCGUGUGGAUGUGAGUGUAUUAGAUGUUGAGAGUACGACACUAGAUUCGGCGUUAAAGGUGUGUUUCUCGCCGUCCUCCCUGUCCCACCUGCUCAUCACGACUUCGGCCAAUAAGAUCCUGUGGAUCAACAGUAACACAGGAAGGCUACUGAGAGAGGUAUCUGAGGUGCACAAGGAUCAGUGCGCGUCUUUGUCCGUCAGCGAAGACGGACGCUACCUGCUCACUGCUGGAUACAACGCGCUGAAGGUCUGGGACUACAACAUGAAAUUAGACGUCAAGUCGCAGGUAUUCAUCGGUCACUCGGAGCCCAUUAGACAGGUGAGCUUCACUCCCAACCAGAUGGGUGUGAUUUCAGUGGGUGACGCCAUCUUUUUCUGGCACUUCCUGGCCUGUCCACAGGAAGUGCCUUCCUGCAGUCUGAGAUCACCAGUAUCUGCCAUGUCUCCUCCGAGAGCAGUGAAAGACCGGAGCAGCUCUCCUCCUGAGACAGUGGUUGUGAAACACAGUGAGGUGGAGUGUAAUGGACAAUUGUCCAGUGGGAUGCCUCGACAGGCGGCGCCUCUUCCUUCCUCGCCUCCGUCCAUUUUAGACGUGAUCACCAGAGAAAAGACGGGGCAUGAGGAUUCUUCUUUCCUGUCACUCCCUGAUUAUGUUGAAGAGGUGCAACCUGGCCCCGACCAUUCCCCUGCUCCAAGACACGCCUCUUUCCUACGAGUCACUGAAAGGGGCGGUGCCACAAAAUUGAUCAAUGGUCCAGUCAGUCAGACCAUAGUGGAGGGAAAAGGAGAGGAGAAGAAGCUGAUCCGUCCAGACUGUUACAAACACUUUAUGCCUCGUUACAAAACGUCUACACUUGACCCGGGAGCUGUAACUCCACCUCCAGGACGAGAAGGUCUUAGCCUCAAAGCUGUGAUUGGUUACAAUGGCAAUGGGCGGAGCAACAUGGUCUGGAAUCCAGACACAGGUCUGUUUGUGUACUCCUGUGGGUGUGUGGUGGUGGUGGAGAAUCUCCACAACGGUUCUCAGAGACACUGGCUCGGCCACAGCGAGGAGAUCUCAACCCUCGCCGUAACGCACGAUACCCAGACAGUGGCCUCUGCGUCAGGAGGCGGGGUGUCGUCCAAGAGCCUCAUUUGCAUAUGGAACGUUCAAGACGGGUCACGCAGAAACGGUAUUUUGUACCACAAGUGUUCGGUGCAGAGUCUGGCUUUCUCUCGAGAUGACCUCUACUUGAUGUCAGUAGGGGAUUUUGAGGAAUCGACAGUGGCACUGUGGAGCACGUACUCGUUCGAGCUGCUCUGCUCGAUCAGCGCGAGCGUCCCGCUACACGAGGCGGCGUUCUGCCCCAGCAGUGCGAGCCAACUCGCGUACGUCGGCUCCGGCGCCGUCUUUUUCUGCUACGUACAGACACGCGGCCGAGGAGCGGAGCUACAGGUCCAAACCGUGGGUUUGCCAGAGGAGAUCGGCGAGGCUGAGGUCACAUCGCUUUGUUACGACGCUAACUUCAUCCUGUACACUGGGACGAACAGUGGCCGGGUGUGUGUGUGGGACUGCAACACACACCGCUGCUUCAUGACCUGGGAAGCUGACGACGGUGAAAUCGGUGUGUUGCUGUGUCGUGGGAACAGGCUGCUCACUGGUAGUAACAGUAAGAAAUUAAAACUGUGGUCAGUGGCUGCAGUGCAGAAGCUCAGACCUUCCAACACCGAGGCAAGCAAGCAGGACUGCAACGCUCGGGUGCUACUGGAGCAGGAGAUGGUGCUGGACGGCACAGUGGUGAGCGCAGCAUUUGAUGAUGUCAUGGACAUGGGAAUUGUGGGUACAACUGCAGGAACGCUGUGGUACAUUAACUGGACAGACAACACCAGUAUACGCUUAAUCAGUGGCCAUAAGACCAAGGUGAACGGCGUGGUAUGUAGUCCAGACGAGCAUCACUUUGUCACCUGCGGGGCAGAUGGUAGUGUGAGGGUGUGGGCGCUGCCUAGCAACGAGCUGCUGGUCCAGUUUCAGGUGCUCAAUCAGAGCUGCGAGUGUGUGUGUUGGAGUCCAGCAGCAGGAGUGUGUGAGCCCGGCACAGUCGGGCGUGUGGCCGGAGGCUACAGUGACGGCUCCGUGCGGAUCUUCAGCGUAGCUUCAGCCGAGAUGGAGCUCAAACUGCAGCCUCACUACGGCGCUGUGAGCGCACUGCAGUACUCGCACCACGGUCAGGUUUUGCUUUCAGGAGGACGAGACGGCGUGAUUGUAGUGAGCAGCCCAUCAACAGGAGCCUCCUUGCGCAUCAUCAAUGACCACAAAAGGGCAUCGAUCAGCACUAUACAGUGCACAGGCAAACAGUAUAAGGAGUACGGUCUGGAGGGCAACGAACUCUGGCUGGCUGUCAGCUCCGACCGCCGCGUCAGCAUCUGGGCCUCCGAUUGGGCAAAGGACAAAUGUGAGCUGCUGGAUUGGCUGACGUUUCCUGCUCCCACCCCUCGUCAGGACACGGUGAGUUUGCCGCCCAGUCUGGCAGCGUUCAGCCCCACGGAGAGGGGAAUAGUGGUUUACACAGGGUAUGCUGCUCAGAAGGAACUCACCUUCUACUGCCUGAAGAAGAAACAGGUGAUAAGGACGGUGUCUCUCACUGACUGGGCUCUGUCUCUCAGCCUGUGUUUUCGAGGAAGACUGCUCGCUGUCGGAUCAAACCAGCGUGUGCUGAAGCUGAUCGACUCCUCCAGCGGACGUUUUCAGGAUUUCACGUGGCACAGCGACUCUGUUCACCACUGCAGCUUCAGCCAGUCGGGAACUCAGCUGUUCACUACAGCACACGGGGAGGUCUUCCUGUGGAGCCUCAGAGGCCUGUGACACACACACACACACACACACAGAGUAGUGGUAUCACAAACUCGCUACACAAUUACGACACACACUGUACACUUAAUGCUUGAGACCAAGACUGGGCUUUUGUUCUCAAAGUCCCUCGAAUCAAAUUCUUUACCUCUCAGCGUGCUUUUGUUUAAUUACUGCUGUGAACGUUCUGCGAUUUGUGUUCCGUCGCAUUGUGGUUAAGAUUUAAAUUGUUUGUUUGAACACUUUUAAAUAAACGUCAUAAAAAAGA